AUGAGACUCAAUCCCAAGAAAUGCAUCUUUGGAGUCACUUCUGGCAAGUUUCUUGGGUUUCUAAUUGAUGAAAGAGGCAUAGAGGCCAAUCCCGACAAAUUACCUGUCUACUUCAUCAGCCACAUGUUGCAAAAUGCCGAGCUCAAGUACCCCACUGUCGAAAAAUUUGGCUUAGCAUUGUUCCUAGCCAGCAAGAAGCUCCACCCUUACUUUUUGGCCCAUCGACUGACAGUAUACACAGAUCAACCUAUGAAACGACCAUUCACUAAUCUGGGAGAGUCCGGAAGAAUGCUCAAUUGGGCAAUUGAACUCAACACCUUUGACAUCUCAUAUGAACCUCGGAAGGCAAUAAAAGGGCAGGCAUUUGCUGAUUUUAUUGUAGAAAUGACUAGGCCAACUCACAUAAAGAAUGAUAGGAAACAAUGGAUAAUCCAUGUAGACGGGUCCGCCACCCAAAAUGGGUGUGGAGCCGGCAUCAUCCGCGAAUCACCAGAGGGGGACACAUAUGAGUAUGCCAUGCGCUUCAACUUUCAGGCGUCAAACAAUGAGGCUGAGUACGAGGCUUUGAUAUGUGGGAUCCAAAUGAGCAAAGCGGCAGGUGCAGAAGAGAUCUUGGUUCUAUCUGACUCACAAGUAAUUGUCAGCCAAGUAAAGGGAGAGUACGAAGCAAAGGACGACACCAUGAUGAAAUACUUGGAGAUCGUCCGUCAAGAAAUACAAUCACUGACUAAUUUUGAGGUACAACAUAUACCCCGCUCGGAGAACAACAAGGCGAACGCGUUAUCCAAGUUGGCCAGCUCUGCGUCCUGCGACACUCCGCGUCAUGUAGUCUGGGAAGUAAAACAAAUUAAAAGCAUUAACGUUGCGGGAAUAGUUAUCCUAGACCAGACGGCCACCUGGAUGGACGACAUAGUCAACUUCAAAAUGAAUGGGAUACUCCCUGAAGAUCCUAAGCAGGCAGAAAAGCUGCAAAAGAAAUGCACCUGGUUCGAGAUGUGGAAUGGGACCUUAUACAAGAAAGCCUACUCAAGGCCUCUUCUCCGAUGUGUAACCCCAGAAAAGGGGCAUGAAGUGUUGGAAGAUAUGCAUCAAGGGUUAUGUAGCUCUCACAUAGGGGGGAGGGCCUUGGCAGAAAAAGCUCUAAAACUGGGUAUUACUGGCCCACUCUCAAGGAAGACGCACUCGACUUAG